AUGUCCACUCACUCCAACAUCCUGCAAGCCCUCACCGAUGCAGAUUCCUGGUCCACUGCGAAUGAGAGCGCGAUACUCGAGCCAUACUCGUACAUCAGCGACAAUCCUGGCAAGGAUGUCCGCACCCGCAUGAUUGAGGCAUUCAACCUAUGGCUCAAUGUCCCUCAAGCCCAACUGCAAACAAUCGCCAAGGUCGUCAACAUGCUACAUACAGCAAGUCUGCUAGUUGACGAUAUCGAAGACGACUCACAGCUCCGGCGCGGAAAUCCCGUCGCCCACAAGAUAUAUGGAAUACCGCAAACAAUCAACACUGCAAACUACGUCUAUUUCCAGGCGUUCAAAGAACUGUUCGCAUUAAGGCAGGGCAGCAAUGCAGAUUUGGACGGCAUUGUCACUGAGGAGUUGCUUUGUCUACAUCGCGGGCAGGGCCUCGAAAUUCUCUGGAGAGAUAGUCUGCAGUGCCCUACCGAAGAGGAAUAUGUUCGAAUGGUCAACUUCAAAACCGGCGGUCUUCUGCGGAUCGGGAUCAAACUUAUGAUGGCGUGUUCCACCACAAACACCGACGUAGACUAUGUCCCCGUUGUCAAUCUCAUCGGUGUGUAUUACCAGAUCCGGGACGAUUACAUGAAUCUCCAGAGCAGCGAAUACUCUGUCAACAAAGGGUUCGCGGAGGACCUUACUGAGGGGAAAUUCUCGUUCCCUGUCGUACACGGUAUCCGUGCCGAUACGUCCAAUCGACAGAUUCUUAAUGUAUUGCAAAAGCGACCUUCUACUCCUACCUUGAAGCGCCAUACGAUCGAGUACCUACGCACGAAGACAAAGUCGUUUGAUUACACGUUGUCUGUCAUACGCGAACUAGAGCAGAAGACACUGGAGGAGAUAGCUAGACUGGGAGGCAACGCUGGGCUAGCAAAACUGAUGGAGUUACUCCAUAUUCAACUCGACGACCAAUAA